AUGAGAUGUAAACGACCACGAUCAAACGACCAACGGCGUACGCGGGGGUGUCGCUUGUUGACCAUCCACAAAUUGGCCAAGGGCGCCGGAAGCGUGGCAUGCUUGCGACUGGCGUGUGAACCAGCCGGGGACACUCCACAGUCCUGUCACGGGCUAUCUUCUGCAUCCCCUGUUCGGCCCUUCAAAGCAAGCAACGCCAGUCUAACCAAGUCCCUCGCGGCUAGACAUCCGAAGCACGAUCCCAAGCGCCCUUUUCCAGGUGCUUUCAGUGCUAUUUUCUACCCCCAACGGGGCUUGCGGUCACCCAAGAUGGCAAGCAUCCCAUUGCGUCUCCUCCAGUCGCCGCGCCGUAUUCCCCCGGCAGCAUCAAUCAAGGAAGGCCGGAAGACGGCCAGGCGAGGAGCUGUCCCGACCCAGCCCCCUCAAAAGCCCCCACCCACCAAAAGAAGCCAGCCAGUCCACCAGGCCACGACCACAUUCUGCGCCAGGGGCAUGCGAGCGAUCCGCCGCGCUUUCCCGCACAGCUCUGGCCCAGCUCGGGUGCUGUCGUCCCCCUAUGUCCCGAGUGUGUGA